AUUUAAGACGCGCUUUUCUUUGGUCAGGUUUUAAGAUAUCAGCUUCACUUAGAGCACUUCCACCCCUAUGGGCAAAUAAUCAAGACCUUCCUCAGAAAACUCAAACAUAACAGUAAUAGUAUACACAACAACAAUGGCUUCCAAGUCAGUCUUAAUCGUUGCUCUUCUGUUCUCUGUUCUCAUUCUCUGCCUUCAAGGCACUUAUGCUGACCGUAUAGAAGGAUGGGAAGGUGGCCAUGCCAGAUUUUAUGGUGGGGGUGAUGCCCCUGCCUCUGACGCAAUUGGAGGUGGCUUCGGAAAUGGAAAUUGGGACAGCCAAGGGUAUGGCUUUAGCAAUGGGUCUUGUUAUGGGUUGAAAUGUGCUAGUUGCCCCAAAUGGUGCCUCACUGGUGACGUAGAAAAACAGGAGAAACGGGCCAAAAGGGGACGCAAGAGGUCCAGGGAAGGCGAUGAUGAAGAAAGUACGGCUGCCCCAAGGAAGAAGAGAUGCGAGUGGAAAAAAUCACUUGGAGAAAAGUUUAUGCUGGCAAUCACACACAUUGGGUUGGACAACGCUACGCCAAAGAGAAUUCUCGAGUUCAUGAAUGAGCCAGACUUAACUAUAAAAAAUGUGGCUAGUCAUUUGCAGAAAUAUCGUAUCUUCUUGAUGAAACAAUUGAACGUUGCGGUUGCGGGGGACGAAGACAUGCGUGAGAGGUUGCGCAGGUCAAGCUUUGCACUUGGCCACCCAGAACUAUUCUUCAACAAUAACGAACGAGACCAACAUCACUCACAGCUCCUGAAGCAACAGCAAAUGGGAACAUCAAUUGGCUCUACAUUUCAACCGUCAGCUGGAAUUGGAUGCACCCUACCCCUUACUGCUGCUGCUUCCAACAACCACAGCUCCAUCCAAUUCCCUAAUUAUCAGCAAUCUUCAACUAGCAACAGCAGCAGAUCCAUCCCUCAACUUAUUGGUUCGGGGCAGUCGAGCCUAUUGAACAAUAAUCCAGCUAACUUUCUGCGCCAGCAGCCAAUGCUUGGUAAUGGUAAUGGGGAUCAGCUGUUUUGUCAACAAAACCGCAGCCUGGCACCUUUUGGAAUGCAACAACUGAGUAACAAUUUUGAAAAGGGAGGUAUGUCAUGUGGCCCAAUGAAUAAUCUUGGACUUACCUACAAUAAUAUUGGGACAAAUAAUCUGAUGCAAAUAUACCCACCACAAAGCCAGCCAAGGACCAAUAACCCAUUCAGCUACAACAUUGCUACAUCAGUAAAUCAGAACGGUUCGAAUUUUACUCCAAUGUCUUCGAGCUUUGAUAACUUGGGGUCUCAUUUUAACGAUGUGAAUCAAUUCCGAGUUUAUUGGCUGUUGUCGUGUUCUGCUGGUAUUGAGACUGGUGCUAGUUCUGCAUACCAAUUCCCUCCAAAUUUGCCUGACAAAAAUGGUGAUCUUGAUCAGCAACAAAAUGUUCCAGUGUUGCCACCCCAAGAAGGGAAUUUUAAUGACCAGUGUCGUCUGCCAAAUAUCAAUGUUGGAGGAGGAAAUGUUGAAAAUUCCAAUAGAGGUUUCAUGGAUAAUACUAGUACUGUAGUUGCUACUCCUACCUUGAUCAACAACAACAAUAUUUCUCAUGAACAAGAAUCGGCCAGGGACCCUGAUAUCUUCAUGAUGCCCGAUGAUUUUUUCCCGUAUGAGCAGGAUAACUAUCAACCUCCUUCUCAGCAACAAGAUGGAGGUCACGAUCAACUUCCUUAUCAAGUUGAAGUGCCGGACCCUGCUGCGCACCAAGUUCCCAACCUUUCUGCGGACCAAGUUCCAAACCCUGGCCCAUACCAUGUCGAAGAACAUAUAUGGGAUGCUGAUAUACAGUAUGCUGAUAUAUUGGAUGGUGGUAUAUGGGAGGCUGAUCCGUGCUAUUGGAUAUAGAGGAAUGCUA